CAAUGAUGAUGUGCAGUAGGGCUUUGCUCAUCAUAGUGAAAACGUUUCGAUCGGUAGUCUUCCACCUUCGCCCGACAUUGUCUGGCACAUUCUUCCUCUCCAUUGUGGUGUGGAAUUGGGAAAGCCUGGAAGAGUGUGAAUUCCAAAGGAUAGGCCCACAGAAUAUUUGGUUCGCUGGUCGAUGCCUGCCCGUCAUGUGCAUUGUAUGUGCCAUCGUAGCCCGUUUCUGCUCCACCAUGGACAUCAUCAGCAAAUGCAUCGUUUCCGCCAGUGAUGUCGGUCCCGUGUCCUCCAUGACGGGUACCCUCAUCAGAUUCAGACUCGCACUUCUUGGAGCUUACACAACCAGCAUAAAUGCCUCGCACCAGCAAAGAGCCCAAUGGCAGAAUGCUCAAUCCGAAGUUGGAGCUUACACAACCAGCAGAAAUGGUUCGCACCAGCGAAGAGCCCAAUGGCAAAACGCCCAGACCAGAACACAGCCGAAAAACUAGCAUAGUAUCCAAAUGCAGGUGCUUGAGUCUGACGCUAUCCUUUGAAAAAGCGCGCGUCCGUAAUGCAGCUGCGCUGGGGCUGGCUGAGCAGUGACAGUUGCAGGCGAAGACUCAAGUGUGAUAUGAAGACGUGGUUUCCUUCC